GGUCACCGCUAGGAUUUGCCUUUACCUGUAUGCCUGUGAGGCUCAGCACCCGAGUAAAUGUCUUCGAUUACACAUAGCAACAAUGGCCGCGGUCAUUACGGAGUCCGGUCACAGCAUAUAGAAAAGGUGAAGAUUGUGAUGGAAUUGGGUCGUCUUGUUCAAAGUUUUUGCCAUAUCGACUCGAAGAAUCUCAUCUCUCCUAGCGUGCCUGGGCAAUUCAAAGGCAAAACAUCUAGAUGGCUUUGCGAUGACCAUUACAACACCUGAUACCAUCCAGCCCACCACGGGAAACAUUACAAUGCCCAACGACUCGAUGGAGACUACCGCACAUACCCCAAGCGACGCGAUACCAUCCUCCAAUCCAGGCCCUAUGCUAGAGAAGGUCGAAGAAGGAAGCCCACCACAACAUGGCGGCUCAUACAGCCCAUCCGACAUCGAGCGGCUCGGCCGCGAACGUCCCUCAGCCUUCCGCUCUCUCCCUCACGAACUAGGGUUCUGCUUCGCCCUUCUAGGCUCCAUGUUCGUAGCCGAGUACAUGAUCUCCGGCUUCAACAUCCUGCUCCCCGACCUGACCUCCGCCCUCAAUAUCCCCUCCAACGCGCAAACGUGGCCAGCCUCUGUCUUUUCGCUGGUAACAGGAGCUUUUCUACUACCUUUUGGUCGGUUGUCUGAUAUGUUUGGAGGAUAUGCCGUAUUCAAUAUUGGGCUGGCUUGGUUCUUGAUCUGGUCGAUCAUAGCCGGCUUCUCACAGAACUAUGUCAUGCUUAUCGUAUGUCGAGCGCUGCAGGGUUUCGGUCCUGCGGCUUUCUUGCCUAGCGGUAUUAUGCUGCUGGGUUCUAUCUACCGUCCUGGGCCGCGCAAGAACCUCGUCUUCAGCUUAUACGGUGCUUUUGCUCCGGUUGGCUUUUUCACUGGUAUCUUUUUCGCUGGUGUCGCCGCACAGUUCAUGAGUUGGGGCUGGUUCUUCUGGAUUGGAUCGAUCAUCCUCGCUAUCGUGGCCGUUGCGUCAUAUCUUUGCAUUCCCAACCCAAGAGCAGAGAAAGAGAAGGCGAAACAGGAAGGAAAGGGCGUGAAGAUGGACUGGUGGGGCACAGCGACUGUAGUACCAGGUUUGGUCCUAGUGGUCUUUGCACUCACGGAUGGAAGUCAUGCGCCGCAAGGGUGGGCGACACCUUACAUCCCCGUCACCUUCGUCAUCGGUUGGAUCUUCCUGGGUAUAUUCGUUUACAUCGAAGGCUGGGUCGCUGAACAGCCUCUCCUACCCCCCGACCUAUUCCGUGUCAAGGGUAUGAAGCCACUCGCGCUUGCGUUGUUCUUCCAAUACGGCACCUUUGGAAUAUUCAUCUUCUAUGCCAGCUUCUACAUUGAACAGGUUGCUGGCGCCAGUCCGCUGCUUACCGCCGCAUGGUUUACACCCAUGUGCGUUGGCGGACUGAUCUUAGCGACCGUCGGCGGUCUGAUUCUGCACCUCCUACCAGGCCGCAUCCUCCUUCUCAUCAGCGGUACCGCGUACAUCCUAUCGACGCUUCUAUUCGCCAUUCUCCCUGUUAACUUCAAUUACUGGGCCUACAUCUUCCCCGCUAUGAUAUGCGCUACACUCGGUAUUGACAUCACCUAUAACGUCGCCAACAUCUUCAUCACAACGUCACUACCAAAAGCGCGUCAAGGGCUAGCAGGAUCUUUCAUGAAUUCAUUGUUGUUCUUGGGUAUCGCGGUCUUCCUUUCGUUUGCAGAUCUAGCGGUCAGCGAAACGGAGGAGAGGGGACGAAGGGGGAGUUACAAGGUAGCUUUUUGGCUUGCAACUGCACUUGCAGGGGCGGGAUUGAUCAUCAUGUUCUUGGGCGUUAAGAUUGGCAAGGCAAAAAGUGAUUUGACUCUUGAUGAAAGGGACGAGCUGGAGAACGAGCUGGUGAGGAGGAAAACGAACGAGUAAAGGAAUUUUGAAGAUUUCUAUUUCCACUACUCCAGCGCUGGAGACUAGAGUCGACAUCCGGUAGUCUUCCAAAAUUUUGUUCCGCACCUCAUCUCUGUCUCUCUGGGACUUUAUAGCAGCCUGCAUAGAUGAUAUCUCGUCGGCGUCCUCUCCCGUGAAAUCUGGAUGAGCCGCGAG